GCGGUUCCCUGCCCUGAUGUUUGUGGCUGUGGGUAGGGGUCCCCUCCUGAGGGAGCAGGCCGAGAAAGCCCACACGGAGAAUAAACUCACGAGUGUAACUCGAUCUGCUGCUUCCCCUGCACGGUGGGAUGAAGCCCAGGCCGUUGGUCUGGGCUGUUUGUGCUGGUUUGGGUCUGUACGGACCAGCCCUGCAGGCUGCAGCACUCGGGGAUGGUUCUCCUUGCACCAGCUGGUGCAGAAUCCACUCAGAUUACACAGCUGGAAAAUUCCAGAGCCUGUUUCUGAGCUUCCCCACGGCCUGCUUAUAAAAGGACUCGCAUAGACAAUGUAAAGGGCUCCAGGGCAACAAUCAGAGCUGAUUUUUCCCAGGUGGUUUGUUUGCUUUGGGCUCAAACAACCACCUUUAACCCCUUUAUUUUCAUCUUCCCUUUGAUAAAGGAGCUCUCAAUAAAAAAUGUCAUGGAUCAGAGAGGGCGAGCUGACCAUCAUAGAGAGGUUCUGUGCCAACAUCAUCAAGGCAGGCCCAAUGCCCAAGCACGUCGCCUUCAUCAUGGACGGCAAUCGCCGCUACGCCCAGAAGUGCCACGUGGAGAGGCAGCAGGGACACUCCCAAGGCUUUGACAAGCUGGCACAGACGCUGCGGUGGUGCCUGAACCUGGGCAUCCGGGAGGUGACAGUCUAUGCCUUCAGCAUUGAGAACUUCAAACGCUCCAAGGAGGAGGUGGAUGGGCUCAUGGACCUGGCCAGACAGAAGUUCAGCCGCCUCCUGGAGGAGCAGGAGAACCUGAAGAAGCACGGGGUGUGCAUCCGUGUCCUCGGGGACCUGCCCCUCCUGCCCGUGGAUAUCCAGGAGCUGAUUGCCCAGGCUGUGCUGGCAACCAGGAACUACAACAAGUGCUUUCUGAAUGUCUGCUUUGCUUACACAUCGAGACAUGAGAUCAGCAAUGCUGUCAGGGAGAUGGCCUGGGGCGUGGAGCAAGGCCUGCUGGAGCCCAGUGACGUGUCUGAGUCGCUGCUGGAUAAAUGUCUGUACACCAACAACUCCCCCGACCCUGACCUGCUGAUCAGGACCUCUGGGGAGGUUCGCCUCAGUGACUUCUUGCUCUGGCAGACAUCCCAUUCAUGCCUGGUGUUUCAAUCAGUCUUGUGGCCAGAAUAUUCCUUUUGGAACUUGUGUGAAGCUAUCCUUCAGUUCCAGAUGAACUACAGUGCUUUACAGAAGGCCAGAGACUCCUACCUGGAGGAGAGGAGGCGGCAGCAGCUGGAGAGGGACCAGGCGUACGUGAGCAGGAGGCUGCGGCAGGAGGGCUGCCUGUCCCACGCAGACUCGCGGCGCCGGCGCUCGCUGCUGCAGAAGUGCACAGCCCUGAGGGAGGAGAGGAUCCGGGGCUUCCUGCAGGCCCUGGAGCACAAGAGAGCUGACUUCUUGGAGAGACUGUGUCCGGUGUCUGCGUGACACGGGCGUGGCCCUGGGAGCACAGCCUGCAGGGCGAGCCGUGGGCUGCGCCGGGAGCUCCGGUCCCGCGGCCCUGCCCGGGCAGGGGUGGCUGCUGGGAACUCUGCUGGCCUGUCAGGCUGCUGGGGAAGGUGCUGCCGUCCUGUGUCACCUCCCUGCCCUGGUGACAGAGCCCUGCACCCU